CGGGCCACCCUCGUCCUCGCCAGCCCCGAGCUCCAGGCCGCCGUGGAGGAGGUGCUGCCGGCCCUGCGGCAUGAUGGCAUCCGCGUCUUCUACCUGAGCUCCACGUCGCCCACACCAGGCGUCGAGGCACUUCUGUCCAGCAUCGAGGCGGCCUCCGACGAGCCUCUGCCCGCCCACCACCGCGCCGGCAUCACCGCCGACUCCAAGGCCAUCUACAUCUACACGUCCGGCACUACCGGGCUGCCCAAGGCAGCGGUGAUCACAGAGAUGAAGCUGAUGAUGGUGGCCAACCUGGGUCGGCUCUGUGGCCUGCGGCCUGAUGACGUCAUCUACACAACAUUGCCGCUCUACCACUCGGCCGGGCUGCUCAUCGGGGUGGGAGGGUGCUUCGAGGUUGGAGCCACCUGCGUCCUACGGGCCAAGUUCUCUGCCUCCCAGUUCUGGGACGACUGCCGCCGCUACAACGUCUCCGUCAUCCAGUACGUGGGUGAGCUGAUGCGCUACCUCUGCAACACGCCCAAGCGUGUCAAUGACCGGGAGCAUGGGGUGCGCUUGGCCUUGGGCAACGGUCUGCGGGCAGAGGUGUGGAAGGAGUUCCUCCGGCGCUUCGGGCCCAUCUCCAUCUGGGAGUUUUACGGGGCCACCGAGGGCAAUGCUGGCUUCAUCAACUACACCGGCAAGAUCGGGGCCGUGGGCAGAGCCAACGUGUUCCUCAAGAGUUUCGCUCCGUUUGAGCUGAUCAAGUACGACGUGGAGGAGGACAAACCCGUACGUGACGAGCGAGGUCUCUGCAUCCGAGUCCACCCUGGUGAGACAGGGCUGCUGGUCAUUAAAAUCACCAAGAACACCCCUUUCCAUGGCUACGCGGGUGAUUCCCAGAAGACAGAAAGGAAAAUCUUGAGGGACAUCUUGGUGAAAGGCGACACCUUCUUCAAUAGUGGUGACCUCCUCAUGAUCGAUCAUGAAAGAUUCAUCUACUUCCAGGACCGUGUGGGAGACACUUUCCGUUGGAAAGGUGAGAAUGUGGCCACAACGGAGGUGGAGGCCACUCUUGCCAUGGUGAACUUCAUUCAGGAGGUCAACGUCUACGGAGUGUCCGUGCCGGGGUGUGAGGGGAGGUGCGGCAUGGCGGCCAUUCGCCUGAAGGCUGGGGCAAGCUUUGAGGGUGAGAACCUCUAUGCCUUCACGAGGGACACACUGCCCAGCUACGCUGCACCCCGCUUCGUGCGGAUCCAGGAUGCCCUAGAGAUCACGGGGACCUUCAAGCAGUGCAAGAGCAACCUCGUCAAAGAAGGCUUUGACCCCAACAUCAUCAAAGACCCUCUCUUCUUCCGCGAUGACAAGAAGAAGUCCUACGUGCCCCUGAAUCCCGACACCUACGCUGCCAUCCUGGACAUGAAGCUCAACCUCGAGUUUCUAACGGUGUCAGAGCACGACAAGGGUGAUGGGCUGGUCUCUGUGCUCGCUAUCCCGCCCCACGCCAUGCUGACUGUGGAAAUUAAAGGCUUAAUUCCAAUUGUUUGGGUCCAG